AUGAACAGGACACACCCCCUCGAGAUCCCAGAGAUCCUCACAAGAGUCGGCCGCCAUGUCCCCCUCUGGGUCCACACAAAACCAACCUCCACUUCCUCCACAUCACCGCCCAUCCCCGAACCCCACAACCAACCCAUCAACAGCAUCACCCUUCCACAGCCACCAAUGGGCCCUCCCUACUUCGACCCCCAACACCUCCUCUCCUGCAUCCAAGUUAACCGCACAUGGCAUGACAUCUUCCUCCCCAUCCUCUGCUUCUCCUUUGACGAUACCGCCGUCCAGACCGCUCCCAUCACCACCUUCUUCCCCUCUACUACUGCUACCAUAGGAGGGGAGGAAAGAACAGUGGUGAAGUUUUUGAACCGCAACUCGCCAGCGGUCAAGUUUUUUCUGAGGAAUCCCCUCAUCCUCCAAAACACCCGCCUCCAAAGCCUACGCUGGCAAGGCGGCGACUUUCAACGAGACAACCACGGCAUGCUUGACAGUCUUGCACUCGCUGCAAAACUGCAUCGGUUACAGGAUUUGGUCUUGGAAUGCUGGAGGUUGGAUCAAGGGUUUAUUGAGCUAUUGAGGAGUAACCCUGGGUUGAGGACUUUGGCCCUUGAUUUCGUGACCGGCGAGGCCCUUCCGCCUUUGACAACGGCGGUGGGAUGGGAAGAGGAGGAGGGUGGUAGUAGCACAGCCACGAUGGGAUCGUCGUCUUCGUCAUAUUUGUUGUCUUUGCUCACCAUACCCUCCAGCGCCUCUUCAAGCGGCACCUAUACCCAAGCAAAGUCACCAACAACGACAAAUCCAACAACAGGAAGAUACCCACCGGAAUGGCACGACGACGACGACUAUCACCACCUAUACUCCACAAGCCCAAAACGCAAGAACCCAAACCCUCACGGAUUCCAACUCCUCCACCUCACCUGCCUCAGCGUCUGCAAGGACGUCGAAAGCGGUGCCUUUGAGACCCUAAUCCGUCUCUGCCCCAACCUCGAAGAACUCUCCUGGAUGGGACCUCUCGAUUCAGACCUCGAAGCGCUUACGCUCAACCUUGCACAAUGCUGUCCCCGCGUCGCGGUUUUGACAUACUCGACGGUCGAUGUCUCGGAACCCGAGCACCGUUAUGCGGCCCUAGUCCGCAGUCUCCCUGCCCUGGUCGAUCUCCAGAUCCGGAUUCCGACUCUUGAAGGCGGAGAGUUUGCGAGGGCUUUGUUGUCUCGACAUGCGGCGACGUUGGAGAUCUUGGACUUGCGCAUCGUUAAUCGAAGGCCGUCGUCAGCAACGAAUGAGCAGAGUCAAGAGAGUCUGAGAAAGAUUCUAAUGGGGUGUUCAGAGCUGACGGCGUUGUCGAUUGAGGGGGCAGAGAGGAUGUCAGAAUACUUGUUCUUGUUUCCUUGGGCCUGUUCGCCUCGAUUGCAUCGGUUGUUCUUGGCUGCGUCUAUUUCUGGAGAUAGUAGUCCUGGAGGAGAUAUGGUUGUGGCACUUCAAGGACUGGGACAAGGACAAGAACUGGGACAAGGACAGGGACAAGAGCAGGACGUACGUGGAGUUCAGGAUGAAGGUAGACGUUCGGAGGAAGACGGCUUUGUAGCAGAGGCUGCGUUAUACGGUUGGUCUGUCGUGGGCAGUUCUGGACCGCCUGAUCGGCGCCGUCGUCAUCCUAGCGACACCAAUACCAACGAUUUUGACGACGAAGUGGAUGAGGAUGAGGAGGACGAGGAAGAAGGAGAAGUCGUCGCCAUAACUGGAAGCAACCCCACAGGAUCGAAUUCCAUCCCCGGACAAGUCAGCAGCAACAACAUGGUCCUUCCUAGUGAAUUCAAUCAUUCAAAUCAAGAUUUCAAUACUGCCACUCCCACUACAACCAUCUCGACCAACACCUCCAAUACUCAAGCCCUUCCGCAUACCAGCACCGGCAGCAUCUACGGUGAUGAAGACACGCCCAUGCCCGUUGUUCUUUCCACAGCCUCUUCUUCAUCUUUAUCUUCAUCCUCGUCCUCAGCAGGAUCGACAUCCUUCGUGCGGGAUAUGAUGCACCGCCUCGAGGAAAUGCCGCGUCUCCAAUCGUUUGUCCUCAACGGUGUCGAGUACAUCCGCAUGCCCAACCUAAUGACGGCUCGCUAA